GGGGGAAAACGCGGAGCUGUUCAUUUGCUGUAUGCAGAAAAAGCGAUUACGCUUCAAAUGUGCACAUGUAUGUGUUUGCCUAUAAAUAUAUUUGCUUGUAAAUUUGCAUAUAAUCUUUGCCCAUUGAUAUGCGUACCCACGGGAAACACUUCCCCUGCCGUGUCAAUACAUUUACACCUUAACGUGAGCGGGCCAAGCUGUCAUUCUACGCCCAUCUCCCCCUUUCUUCGCAUUUUAAUAAAUCACCCAACUUUGUGAACAAUGGAGGUGGAGUGGGCGGCGCGGAUUUUAUCCCAGCUUCUGAUUAAGGAGAAGUGCCUGAAGGAGAAGUACGUUUUCAAUUUGCUGAAAAAAUUUGGGGACGUGAACCACAUCAUUCAACACGCGAAUGAGCAGCUGGAGUCGCUCGGGUUUAUCAUAAAUAACGAACUGAUAAACGGAGAGGAGUACUUCAUAAUAGGGUGCGAGAAACUAACAAUACCUAGGAAGAGUGGCCAAGCGGACAUGUCCCCCGAGUCCGGUGCUCAUAGCAUUAAGGAUGAAUAUCUGUUCAACUCUCUAUUUAAGACGAACGAAAUAAGUUUAUAUUACUUAAUUAUUGAUCACAUAAUUAGUAAUAAUCGGUACCUAAGUGUGGACGGGGGGGGCGUGACUUAUGAGUCCUUGUGUCUUGAGUUAAACAUAAAAAAUUCCAACGUGCAGAAGUCUAUACUUAACAAAUUGCUGACCCACAACUGGCUACGAAAGGAACAAGGAGAGUUAGCACUUGGGCUCCGUUUUUUUACGGAUCUGAUAAAGUAUUUCCCUCUAACCAACUUGGACAAGUGCUCACUUUGCAAUAACGCAGUGAUUGUGGAGAGCAGGCAAUGCACCAACUGUCUAUCUGUUUAUCACAUCCACUGUUUCAAGGCUCUUGCGAACAAGCUGGCACUCUGCUUCAUUUGCAAGAACUCCCUCUAA